CUAGGAAGUGAGACAGCUCGCUCCGUGUUUGUUUUGACAAUGAUGGAGGAAGAAGAAUUUGAGUUUGCUGAAGAUUUGGAGGCUAUUUUGCAUCUCACCCCAGAGGUGCAAUUAGCUAUUGAACAGGUUUUCCCUAGCCAGGACCCACUGGACAGAGCAGACUUCAAUGCAGUAGAAUAUAUCAACACACUUUUCCCCACCGAGCAGUCUUUGGCUAAUAUUGAUGACGUAGUAAACAAAAUCCGUCUCAAGAUUCACCGUCUCGACGACGAUAUCCGAACUGUGGUGAGAGGCCAGACCAAUGUGGGUCAGGAUGGUCGACAGGCUUUGGAGGAAGCCCAGAUAGCCAUCCAGCAACUCUUUGGCAAAAUCAAAGACAUUAAGGACAAGGCAGAGAAGUCUGAACAAAUGGUAAAGGAGAUUACAAGGGACAUAAAGCAGUUGGACCAUGCUAAACGACACCUCACUACAUCCAUCACCACCCUCAACCACCUGCAUAUGUUGGCAGGGGGAGUUGACUCUUUAGAAGCCAUGACCAGAAAGAGGCAGUAUGGCGAGGUGGCCAACUUACUGCAGGGGGUGGUGAAUGUGCUCGAACAUUUCCACAAGUAUAUGGGCAUAUCACAGAUCAGACAGCUUUCAGAGAGAGUGAAGGCAGCACAGAGUGAGCUGGGCACUCAGAUUCUGGCAGAUUUUGAAGAGGCUUUUCCUUCUCAAGGCUCUAAGAGACCAGGUGGACCCAGCAACGUGCUGAGAGAUGCCUGCCUGGUGUCAAAUGUGCUGGACCCACGCAUCAAACAAGAGAUCAUCAAAAAGUUCAUCAGGCAGCACCUGUCUGAGUAUUUGGUUCUUUUCCAGGAAAAUCAAGAUGUAGCUUGGCUGGAUAAGAUCGAUCGCCGUUAUGCUUGGAUCAAACGGCAGCUGGUAGACUACGAAGACAAAUAUGGGCGCAUGUUUCCUGAAGAGUGGUGCAUGACAGAGCGGAUUGCUGUGGAGUUCUGCCACAUCACAAAGGUGGAGCUGGCCAAGGUGAUGCGAACACGAGCAAAGGAGAUUGAGGUGAAACUGCUCCUGUUUGCCAUUCAGAGGACCACAAAUUUUGAGGGUUUACUGGCCAAACGCUUCACAGGAUGCACCUUGACGGACGCGCCCAGACAGCCGAAGAGGCCAGAGAGCCCACUAGACUCAACUAACCCUUUUUUAGAAGAUGAACCAGGGGAGGAUACAGGAGCAGAAAAGGAUGAAGAUCUUGCUAAGCCAAGGAAGCCUAAAGCUCCUGACAACCCGUUCCACGGCAUCAUCUCCAAGUGUUUUGAACCUCACCUAUACGUCUACAUAGAAUCCCAAGACAAGAACUUGGGUGAACUGAUCGACCGGUUUGUGGCUGAUUUUCGAGCACAAGGCCCACCCAAGGCAGGCACAGAGGAAGGUGGAGCAGUGCUGCCCAGCUGUGCUGACCUUUUUGUUUAUUACAAGAAGUGUAUGGUCCAGUGCUCCCAACUGAGCACCGGUGAACCAAUGAUCGCCCUCACAACCAUCUUCCAGAAGUUCCUCAGAGAAUACGCUUGGAAGAUCCUCUCUGGCAACCUGCCUAAGUCCAACAGUAACAGUGGGGGUCUCACCAUCAGCAGCCUGCUGAAGGAAAAAGAAGGCUGUGAGGCGACCAAGUUCACUGUAGAUGAGCUCUGUCUGAUCUGUAGCAUUCUCAGCACUGCAGAAUACUGCCUGGCCACCACACAGCAGUUAGAGGAGAAGCUAAAGGAAAAAGUAGAUAAAACAUUGGUGGAGAGAAUAAAUUUGACUGGGGAGAUGGAUACGUUCAGCACUGUGAUCUCCAACAGCAUCCAGCUGCUGGUUCAGGAUCUUGAUGCCGCCUGCGAUCCCGCUCUAACGGCUAUGAGCAAGAUGCCGUGGCAGAGUGUGGAGCAUGUGGGUGACCAGAGUCCUUAUGUGACUUCAAUUAUCAUGCACAUUAAACAAAAUGUGCCCGUCAUCAGGGACAACCUGGCCUCCACGCGCAAAUACUUCACACAGUUCUGCAUCAAGUUCACAAAUUCUUUCAUUCCCAAAUUUAUCAACCACUUAUUUAGAUGUAAGCCAAUCAGUAUGGUGGGAGCUGAACAGCUCCUCCUUGAUGCUCACUCCCUGAAGACUGUCCUGUUGGAUCUGCCCUCCAUCGGCUCUCAGGUGCUCCGGAAGGCACCUGCCAGCUACACCAAGAUAGUGGUGAAAGGCAUGACCCGCGCAGAGAUGAUUCUUAAGGUGGUGAUGGCCCCACACGAACCACCAGUGGUGUUUGUGGAUAACUACAUCAAACUUCUGGUUGAUGGCAAUCCAGAGACCUUCCAGAAGAUACUGGAUAUGAAGGGUCUGAAACGCAGUGAACAAAGCAGCAUGUUGGACCUCUUCAGACAAAGAUUACCCACCCCACCCUCGGGUGCUGACGGUGGGCCCACUCUGUCCUUCAGCACCCCAACCCCUGAGCAGGAGUCCUCUCGUAUCCGAAAACUGGAGAAACUCAUCAAGAAGAGACUGUGAUUGGACUCAGAUUUCCGUCUCAGCAGUUGCUGAUGUUGCCUUCAGGUUGCUGCAUCUAUUUAUGUCAAAGACUCCAUUUUGCUUCAGUCAGUUACACUGAAGAAUUCCAGAGCGGCAAAAGGUGACUGAAUUGUUCUUACUGCUCGUAACUUGAAGCCCAGCAGAGGCAGGGCUGUGAAGAAACUUCCCCAACGGUUCGUUAAUGUUGUACAUAUGUAACUGUAAUGUCCCAUUGUGUUUUGUGUGAC